AUGGGCCGUCCGCCAUUAUCAGCUGCUUACUUCUUGCGCACGACUGAGGUCGAUGAAUUCCUCAGUGAAUUCGCACGCGUGCGCUCGUGGUAUAUCACAAAUGUGUAUAAUGUCGAACGGAGGAAACGAAAUGGAGAUUAUGAACUCCCUUACCGUCGACAACCGCCGAAAAAUGGGCCAAACAGCGAUCAUAAUGGUGAAACUCUGAACGACAGCAUGUUGGAUGCCGCAAAAGAAAUGGCAAAUGGAGAUUCUAUACAUCUCGACGCAUUUAUAAGACUGGUCGUCGCUCACAACGAAGUGGUAGAUGCGUUAGACAACAAGGCCUGCGAUGUUGUCCAACCCAGAAGGUUCGAGCUGCACGAAAUAAUGAAAAACGCAAAAAUAAGUGAUCGCAAGGUACCAAAACACACAGAAGCCAUGGAUUCGAAAUCGGUUCUUAGAGCAGCUGAUGAAAAGCGCUACCAGCGCUUAGUCGCCGAUGUUAACGAGAAGUUCAGAACCUCAGAUGUAAAAGUGGGAAAAUUCAAACCACCAAUCAUCGGAGGAGCCAAUGCCAUAUUUGGUGUCGUAUUGACGUUCAUCGGUGGAUACUCAAUUGCAGGCGCACUGGGCGUAAAAGACAACCUGAAGAAAGCUAUCAUAGGAACAGUCUUCGCAUCCGCUGCACUGCUAGUUGAUACUUUGCUUUUUUUGAUGAGAGGCGAAUGGUGA